GCUUUAUUGUCCAGGAGUUAUGGAGAGGUUUGGUGACUCACCUGGGUUAUCAGGUGUUGUAUCUGAUUAAAAGGUACAGAACCAAAAUGCUCCCCUGUUGGCACAUACACUGCUUUUGCUUGAAGGAGAGGUCGGAUCCCACUUUCAAAAUCUCAAAAAUGACAACACCAAUUUGCAGUUCAUGUGUGGGUGAUUUUUCCGAGGGGAGGCACAGGAUGAGAAAUAGCAGAGGCAAAGGAUAUGCUCGAGCACACUCCAGACCUCACAUCACAGGAGUGGGAAGAGAAACGAUUACAGUGACCACACUUCAAAACAUAAGAAGAUUUGCAGCACGGAAAGAGGCCAUUCAUCAUGUGAUCAACAGUUAUCUAGUCUAAUCCCACCUUCAAACCCUUGGAGACACAUCAAGAAGAUGCAGUAUCGAUGGUGCCACUCCUUACAGCAUACAAGCUUUGAAGCUUCGUGCCCUGAUCUUUGUAACUGAUGUGUUGAGUGCCUGAAGCUGAGCAGUAAUCAGCCAUGGAAAAUGACCAAAGUACAACGACGUCAACCACAACGACAACAGUCAGCACGUCGCCCAGAACACAGGCACCACAAAUCUCAGUCUACAGCAGUUCUGAUAGACAAGCUGUUCAAGUGAUCCAGCAAGCUUUGCACCGACAGCCCAGUACCGCAGCCCAGUAUCUGCAGCAGAUGUAUGCAGCACAGCAGCAGCACCUAAUGCUGCAGACCGCAGCUCUCCAACAGCAGCACCUGAGCAGCACACAGCUGCAGAGCCUGGCAGCUGUCCAACAGGCAGGUGGGCGUCAGUCUUCUUCACCUACAGGGAGCAUCAGCCAGCAAUCAAGUGUAUCACAGACCUCAAUUAACCUCUCGACGUCUCCUUCUGCUACUCAGCUGAUAAGCCGUGCUCAGACCUCCAGCACUUCAGGCAGUGGGAUCACCCAGCAAGCCAUGCUUCUCGGCAACACCACUCCCACCCUCACGGCAAGCCAGGCGCAGAUGUACCUCAGGGCCCAAAUGCUGAUUUUCACUCCCACUGCUACUGUAGCUACUGUCCAGCCAGAUAUUCCUGCCGCCUCCUCUUCCUCUUCCUCAGUGUCUACAUCCACACAGGUUCAGAACCUGGCAGUUCGGAGCCAACAGUCAGGUGCGUUGCCUGCUUCAUCUCCUCAGAGCGUCCCGCUUAAAGGCACCUGUCAGACCCAGCAGCUCCCGAUGAACCACACCAAGCCGGCAGGGCAAGGAACCGGCCCCAAGGUUAGCCAACACGACUCGGCCCCUGAGAGCACCAAGAAAGGAGAGAGUCUGACCCCGGCCAGCCCCGAGACCCGGGUGUCCACUGUCACACGGUUACAAAUGCCAGCAAACACACAGCAGUUAAUAGUCCCUGCACCUUAUACCCCGAUUCAGCCACACCAGCUGAUUAAACAGCCGCAGAUUCCACUGCAGCAAGCGACGCCGAAAGCACAUCAUCAACUUAUUAUUCAGCAGCAGCAGAUCCAACACAGACAGCAACUGCAACCUCUGGCACUUCAGGCCCAGGCUUCUGACCCUCCACAGUCUCAGCACUGCCUGCCGAUCCAAGCCCACAGCCAAUCCUUAAUCCAGGCUUCUCCCCAGUCGCCACAUUGCAUAUCGACCCAGGCCCAUAGCCAACCACUGAGCCAACCUUCAGCUCACUCUCACCCCCAGAGCCAGCAGCAGACAGUCGUGGUCUCUCCAGUACCUUCUCAGUCACCGCCUAGUCCAUCGGCAUCCACCAUCAUCAUCCAGCCGCAGGCACUGAUACAGGCACAGUCUCACACCUUGGUUCAUGCGCCUCUGCCCAUGGGCUCCAGCCAGCAGCCAGCAUCGGCCCACGUGCCGCCGAACCAGCUGUCACAGCCAGCACACUUACCCCCAGCCCAUCGCUCACCGGUGGCUCAAAUUGGACCGUUGCGACAAUCAAGUCCAGUGACAACGCAUUUAACUGCAUCGCAACAACAGCAACAUUCAACCCUAGGAUCGUCUUCGCGAGAGGUCCCGUCAACGGCACCAACUCACCUCCAGCGACUGCCCUUGCAGUCAGUGCAGACCCUAACAGUACCAUCUGAGAUUGUUUCCCCUACUCAGGUUCUGCCACAGACUGUUCUACAUUCACGGGAACAGCUCCCUGCAGCCCAGGCUCUGAUCCAAAUGCCCUUUCAGGCUCUUCCCCCGCCCCAGACCAUUGCUGUUAAUCUUCAAGUCCAGCCUUCGCCCCCAGUGGAUGUGCCACUGGUCUGUCCGGUGGAAGACACCUGUGACCAGGAGAUGAGGGAAGACCAGGAAGAAUGCUUUGCAGCACGCAGACCAGUUUCAACACCCCCUUCUGAGUCUGAAUCCUCUAUCUCUGCAGCACAAGGAGAAGCUCUGACAGUUGUGGACAUUUGCCCAGAACGAGCAGGGCCACCUAGUGUGACCUCAGCAAAUGCAUCCGUUAUUAGGUCCUCUGCAGACACGCUGAGGUUCUCCAGUCCUUCCGCUCUCAUUGUCCCACCUGCCAAACUGAAACACAAUGGCGCCGUCUCUUCCAGCAACCUUCCUGGGACGGAUAACAAGCCACCACAGGCCAUUGUGAAACCGCAGAUCCUGACCCAUGUCAUUGAAGGGUUUGUUAUUCAGGAGGGACUGGAGCCAUUCCCUGUGAGUCGCUCCUCUUUGUUGACUGAGCAGCCGGUCAAGCAGAAGAUGCACUGCGAAGGUCCAGCCACAUCCCCCACCUCUGUCCAGUCAGUUGGUGAGCUCCAGAGCAACACAGGCAAGCAGCUGGAAGGGUCUCUUGACAGCGAUUUGGAUGACCUCACCGGUGAAGAAGGGAUGGAGGGCAGCGAUCCAGACAUGCUGAAGUGUGAGUUCUGUGGGAAGAUGGAUUAUGCACACAAAUUCAGAAGAUCAAAGCGCUUCUGCUCUAUGUCAUGCGCUAAAAGGUACAAUGUUGGUUGCAGUAAACGGAUGGGGCUUUUUAAAUCGGACAAGAGCACGCGGUGGACCAAAAAAACAGAGCCCCAUGGAUUCAGCCGACGAGGGAGGAGGCCCAAUAUCAUUGAAGGAGCAUCAGGCGAGCACUUUAUGAGACAGAUUCCUGUUAGUUUCACUCCUGUGGAAGAGGCCACAACAACCUCCAACCCACCACUUCCUGAAGAAACUGUUACUGUCGCCAUGACGACACGCCGUCGGCAGAAUGAGCGGGAACGUGAGCGGGAGAUGCGAGAACUGAGGAUGAGGGAAGUGGCAGACUGCGGCGAAACACUACACGUUGACCCAACAAUGUGGACAGUUGACCAUGUGUGGGAAUUCAUACACUCGCUACCAGGUUGCAAAGACAUUGCUGAUGAAUUCAGAUCCCAGGAGAUUGAUGGCCAGGCUCUACUCUUGCUAAAGGAGGACCAUCUGAUGAGUGCCAUGAACAUCAAGCUGGGCCCAGCACUCAAAAUCUGUGCUCGGAUCAACAUGCUCAAGGAAUCCUAACCUUCCCCAUCUCCAGAAGAAAAGCUGCUAAAUUCUUCCAUGUUGCUGAUCAGUGAUUUAAAAGAGCGUGUAUUAAAAUUGAGCAAGUGCCAAGGGAACAUGGGGCUCGUUAUUAACAUCUCAUGGGAAAAACAGGAUCACCAACAGUGCUGCUCUCCGUCCAUGCUGCACUCCUGUGUCAGCCUGCAUUUUUGUGCUCAAAUAUCCGGAGUGGGACUUGAAUCCACAAUCGCUGACUCAGAGGUGAGAGUGCUAGUUGAUUUUCCUUCCCUUUUUUCCUCCCACUGCCUCUCGACUCUUAGCAUUCUUGAAUAUUCAUUGUGACUCAGUGGAGAAAUCUUUUCCCUGAAAUAGGAUUACCAAACUGGACAGGGUAGUCACUAUGGUUUUGGUAUGGUGUACUGCAUAUUGCCAUCUGGUUUUUACAAUCUACCUUGAUACUCCUCAUGCAGUAGGAGGUAGUGCUGCACUGUCUAAGGUGCCAUUAUUCAGAUGAAUAAGGCCCUGUCUGCCCCAUCAGCUGGAUGUAAAAGAUUCCAUGGCACUAUUUUGAAGAAGAGCCCUGGAGUUCUCCCUGGACUCCUGGCCAAUAUCUAACCCUCAACCAAGAUCAAGUACACAAGUGCAAUCUUAUUUGGUUUUCACUUAAUAGAAGAGGCUCCAAGAGCCAGGAGACAUGGAUUUAUACUGGAGAUUUACUUUGUGCUUUAUUUAGUUGCAGAGGUCGACCUGUUUGGUUUGACUAUGAUGGAACACUAAAUAUUUUAAAUGGCUGCCUGGGCUACCAUGUUUUAUACAACACAAUUGUAUUCAGAAUACUUAAUUGGCUGUAAAGCAGUUUGGAACAUCCUGAAGUCAUGGCAAGGCACUGUAUUAAUGCAAGUCUUUUUGUUUUUAAAGGCAGAUAAGUGGCAAUGCAAUACAGAUCAGCCAUAAUCUGGUUCCCUGCUGAUGCUAUCUUUCUGAUGCAAACGUCCUUGCCAAAGAACAGUAAUAAAGAAUUAUUGCAGGUACUUGUUGAGAAAUCUGUGGCUUGGAGACAAGGGGGCAUAACCAAAGGAAAACAAAGGGGCCAGAUCAAGUAAACAAGUGCAAUCUUAUUUGGUUUUCACUUAAUAAAAGAGGCUCCAAGAGCCAGGAGACAUGGAUUUAUACUGGAGAUUUACUUUGUGCUUUAUUUAGUUGCAGAGGUCAACCUGUUUGGUUUGACUAUGAUGGAACACUAAAUAUUUUAAAUGGCUGCCUGGGGAUGGGAUGUUAUUCUGUUGCUAUGCUGGUCCUUAAAAAUCUUGCAGCAGAGUUUCAUAAUGGGGUUGUGUCUGUAUUAGUUACUUGCAGCAAGUUAGAACUGUUGGUAAUCUUAAAAAUACUUGCUGGACUUCUCAGCUCUAUUUAAAAGGGGUUAUGUCAAUUUGUAAUUUGUUGAAGAUAAUUUGAGGUUUCUGGCAAAGCCAGCUUUGAGAAGUUAUUUUGUGUUUUAAGAGUUAAAGGCUCACAGUAUUUUUCCACCAUCUAUACUGGGUGAGUGCCCAAUAUCUGAGUGGAGCUUAUUCUGCAGCCUAUUCUGGGCAUUGUAAGGACCCCCACCUUCUCCUGGGCUGGAGGACAGUUUUUGGCAGCAGAUAUGGCCACUUCCAGUUUGUACAUGACAUUGGGUUUACCAGUUGACAUCACCAUGCCAAUAGAUUGUUUUCUAGCCUCCAUGCACAGCCCCUUUACGUGGACCCCAGGACCAGUGUAAAAACCACAAACUAUUGUAAAAUGAGGCUUUGGGAAACAGCCUAUAGAUAUUGUAUUGUGUUUCUUACAAACUAUUAAUGUUUAUAGUAUUAUGUUGAUAAGCAUUUAAUUUGUUGAUUCCAUUGAAAAUUUUAAUAGAAAUCUUUGGCAAAGCCAGCUUUGAUAGUUUUGCGAAGGCAUUUUGUGUUUUAAUAGUUAAAGGUUCACCAUGUUGAUGCACCAUUUACACUGGGUGGCUGCCCAGUGGCUGGAGCAGGAGCAGCUCUGGCUCGUUCCAGGAGUGAAUGUUUGUAAAUAAUGUCCCCUGAGAUAGAAACAUGCUCACUGCCAAAUCACAUUGCCACACUCAUUGAGGACGUGAUCCCUGUGGUUUGUGUGCCAACCCCACUGAGUCAUAUAUCAUUAUUUUGAUGAAAGAAAAAUAUCAGACACUCAAGUUGGAUAAUUGCGUUGUAUUGUUUUGUACAUGGUGUAUCUUUAUUCGUUAAAUGUGCAAUGGUUGUUUAAGGACUGUGCAUCUACCUUAGUGUCACUGUGCUAAACCACACCUGUGACAAUGUGUUUAGUGUGUACCAACCAGCCUAAGGGUCUUGGUGACCAUACACCCCAAAUACCCUCAUUCUCCUCCUGUGCCAAGUUUUCAGUUAAUAAAAAUGAUUGAAAAAAGAAA